AGAAAUACCUUUGGAAAGAAAGGAUGUUACAGAUUCCAGAGUAAAGAGGAAAUCUGACCAGAAAAGUAUAGGAAAGGAAACCGUGGUGAUAGGAAUUGGGGGAAAGCGAGGAUCCUUCCCCACAAACAUUGCUGUUAUUCAGCUUGUUUCAAAGGAUUCGGCUGCUGCCAUUUGUGAGAGCUGCUGGAGACUGGAUGGAAGUCAUUUUGAAAGACUGAUCCAAGGAAGAAUGGAGGCCGGAGUGGAGCGUGCUGUGCAGAAAAGGCAAGUCCUAUUUCUUUGUGUAUUUCUGGGAAUGUCUUUGGCUGGCGCCGAACCGCUUCGGUAUUUUGUGGCAGAGGAAACCGAGAGAGGUGCUUUUCUUACCAACCUGGCAAAAGACCUAGGGUUAGGGGUAGGGGAACUGACAGCCCGGGGAACUAGAAUUAUUUCAGACCAGAACAUGCAAUUUUUACUGCUCAAUUCGCUCACUGGUGAUUUACUUCUAAAGGAGAAAUUGGACCGAGAGGAACUGUGUGGACCCAGAGAGCCCUGUGUGCUUCCUUUCCAGUUGUUAUUGGAAAAGCCUUUUCAGAUUUUCCGUGCUGAACUGUGGGUCAGAGACAUCAAUGAUCACUCUCCAGUAUUUCUAGAUAGAGAGAUUUCAUUGAAAAUAUUAGAAAGCGCCACUCCAGGAGCAGCAUUUCUCCUAGAAAGUGCACAGGAUUCAGAUGUUGGAACCAAUAGCCUGAGUAACUACACCAUCAGCCCCAAUGCCUAUUUCCAUAUUCAAGUCCGUGAUAGUGGGGAGGGGAAUAUCCAUCCCGAAUUGGUGCUGAACCAAGUGCUGGAUCGGGAAGACAUUCCAGAGCUCAGUUUAACCCUCACGGCCUUGGAUGGCGGCUCUCCGCCCAGAUCCGGGACCGCCCUUGUGCGCAUCAUGGUUGUAGACAUAAAUGACAACGCGCCUGAAUUUGUGCAGUCUCUCUACAAGGUGCAGGCUCCCGAAAAUAGCCCGGUUGGUUCCAUGGUUGUCUCCGUGUCCGCUCGAGAUUUAGACACCGGAAUUAAUGGGGAAAUAGCCUAUGCGUUUUUUUAUGCCACUGAAAUAAUUCUCAAAACGUUUCAACUCAAUCCAACAUCUGGCAAUCUUUAUCUUAAGGGGGAAUUGGACUAUGAGGCAAUUCAGACCUACACAUUAACUAUUCAGGCCAAAGACGGCGGCGGGCUUUCCGGAAAAUGCACUGUGGUGGUUGAGGUAACAGAUGUAAACGAUAAUCAACCCGAGCUGCUCCUGUCUUCACUUACUAGCCCAAUUGCAGAAAACUCACCCGAGACAGUCGUGGCUGUUUUCAGAGUUAGAGACAGAGAUUCCGGGAACAAUGGAAAAACGGUGUGCUCCAUCCAGGACGAUCUACCCUUCCUCCUGAAGCCAUCUGUAGAGAGCUUUUAUACUCUGGUGACAGAGAAACCUUUGGAUCGAGAGAGGAACACUGACUACAACAUCACCAUCACCGUCACCGACUUGGGAACACCCAGGCUGAAAACCGAGUACAACAUAACCCUGCUGGUCUCCGACGUCAAUGACAACGCCCCCGCCUUCACAAAAACCUCCUACACCCUGUUUGUUCCCGAGAACAACAGCCCCGCCCUGCACAUCGGCAGCGUCUCUGCCACGGAUGUAGAUACUGGAGUCAACGGAGAGAUUUCCUAUUCACUUUUCCAAGCUUCAGACGAGAUUAGCAAAACUUUUAAGGUCAAUUCCUUGACGGGAGAAAUUCGACUAAAAAAACAACUUGAUUUCGAAAAACUUCACUCCUAUGAAAUCAAUAUCGAGGCAAGAGAUGCUGGAGGUUUUUCUGGAAAAUGCACCAUUUUGAUUCAAGUGAUGGAUGUGAAUGAUCACGCUCCAGAAGUUACCAUGUCUGCAUUUACCAGCCCAAUACCUGAGAAUGCGCCUGAAACUGUGGUUGCAGUUUUCAGUGUCUCAGAUCUUGAUUCAGAAGAAAAUGGGAAAAUAAGUUGCUCUAUUCAGGAUGAUCUACCCUUCCUCCUGAAAUCUUCUGUGGGGAACUUUUACACACUACUAACAGAGAGAUCAUUAGACAGAGAAAGCAGAGCCGAGUACAACAUCACUAUUACGGUCUCUGACUUAGGGACACCCAAACGAACAACACAGCUCAAUAUGACCGUGCUGGUCUCUGAUGUCAAUGACAACGCCCCCGCCUUCACACAAACCUCCUACACCCUCUUCGUCCGCGAGAACAACAGCCCCGCCCUGCACAUCGGCAGCGUCAGCGCCACAGACAGAGAUUCAGGCACCAACGCCCAGGUCACCUACUCGCUGCUGCCGCCCCAGAGGAGCAGGGCGGCCUCGGUGGGUCGCUGCUCGCUGUCGGAGGGCCCCUUUCCAGGGCAUCUGGUGGACGUGAGCGGCACCGGGACCCUGUCCCAGAGCUACCAGUACGAGGUGUGUCUGGCAGGAGGUUCCGGGACAAAUGAAUUCAAGUUCCGGAAGCCAGAGGAGCAGGGCGGCGUUGGUGAGUCGCUGCUCCGUGCCCGAGGGUCCCUUUCCAGGGCAUCUGGUGGACGUGAGCGGCACCGGGACCCUGUCCCAGAGCUACCAGAGGAGCAGGGGGGCGUUGGUGAGUCGCUGCUCGGUGCCCGAGGGUCCCUUUCCAGGGCAUCUGGUGGACGUGAGCGACACCGGGACCCUGUCCCAGAGCUACCAGUACGAGGUGUGUCUGGCAGGAGGAGGAGCAGGGCGGCCUCGGUGGGUCGCUGCUCGGUGCCCGAGGGUCCCUUUCCAGGGCAUCUGGUGGACGUGAGCGGCACCGGGACCCUGUCCCAGAGCUACCAGUACGAGGUGUGUCUGGCGGGAGAUUCUGGGACCCGCGAGUUCAAGUUCUUGAAGCCAGUUAUCCCCCACUCCCAGCCCCAAAGCUGUGGGAAAGAAUAG